UCUUUGCAAGGUUUGGUUCCCUGUCACUUGCGGCGGUUGUUUCAACAUGGCGGCAGCUGAAAAAAGGAAUGCCAAAUCUGAAAUACUUUGGACGAAGAGUGGAGGAGACAAAGUGGUCCCUUGUAAACCAAGCGGUAUAAGUACCUCAAUUAAAAAAAACACCAAGAUGCAAGCCCGACGCAUCUCUGACUGCAAGAUGGACACACCAUUAAGGAGAGGCGGCACAACCCAAAGCUAUGUACAAAAUGAUCAAUGUAGCUCUGACGUUAAGGAAAAUGCGUCUGCCCUUGCCUUUGCUUCCGUAACGACUGAGAACGCCCUUGUUCCAACGCUAGGUCUGAUACCCCCCGUUUCACAAAUCAUAUUUGGAAGUAGCAGUGCACAGAGCCAAGUCGGUUUGAAAGACCUCUGUCCUGAGGACAAACGACGCAUUGCAAACCUGAUUGAAGAGCUAGCCAGGGUGAGUGAGGAGAAGGAAGAGUCGGUGAAGCGCCUCAAAGAUGAACACGAUAAUUUUGAAAGCAAAAUCCAACAACUCGAGCAACAGAACAUGCUUAUAGCACAUGAAAGAGAAAGCCUUCAGCGGCAGUACAGAGAGUGUCAGGAGCUUCUUGGGCUCUACCAACAAUACCUUACUCAGCAACAAACGAAGCUCAACCAGUCCAUCGCUGAGCUUAGCCAGGCGCAAGCCCAAGCUCACUAUAAGUUGCUGAACAGCGAAGAAGCCAUUAGUGAAACUACUAGCCGGGCUAAUGGCCUACUGUUUGAUGGCUCAUACCUCAGUCUUGCCGCUACUCAAACACAUCACCCUCAAGCGCACAGGAGAAGUAGCGCAAGAAGAGGACCCUUGCCGGCUGUCAAUAUUCCUACGCCCGCUUCCUAUUUUAGCAAAAACUCUCCAGCUGGCGCCGGUGAGCAAAUCAUUGGGCAUCACAUUCAGACGGGAGAAUUCGGUUUGCAGCACAAUCAGGGGCCUUUCCAAGACGGCAGCUAUGGCGUCCAGCAACGUCGAACAAAUGGCUGUUCCCUUGAGAGAAGCUAUGAGAGCACAUUUAGCCAAAGGCCCCACGGCGAGGAUGACUUUGCCGCUGGGAAGAAGGAACCUUCGACCAUCCCUCGACUUGGUUGCGGGGACUGGGAGGAGAAGAGGCAGCAGCUGCUGCUGCAGAAGAUGCAGCUGGAGCUGGAGCGAGAGAAGCUGCAGACACGUCUGGCUGAUCAGGAGGAGCGGCUCAGCAGACAGAAUCAGCAGCUGUGCCAGUCACGUCUUGACUGCAAAAGGUUUCAAGAAGCGUGCCAAUCUAAACUCAGCAGCUCAUUCGCGAACAAUGAAACGUCACAGCCAGACCCCCCUCGCGGCCAAGAUUUCCCGACCGGAACGAAUCCUCCUGCACAACAAAGCGUGCAUGACAACUGUUCACAAACUGCCCCGCUGGACAAAAAUCUUCAGUUUUGUGAUGCUCCAGUGCAAUCAACAAAGGACACAGCCACAUCCCCUGUCGAGUUCCCUGCAAGCCCUGCGGAGCUCACGGCGGGGCCUGUGACUCCGAAGACGUCUGAAAAUCGUUUGGACUUCUCUGUUGUCGAGUUACUGGAUAAGUUGAGUCCCAUUGCAGCGCAUGAGCAAUGCAAAGCAUCCUCCCGGAGGCUCAAAUCAUCGCAGCGUGGGCCAACCCUCACGACACCCAAACCAAUCUGCAGAAGUCUGCGUACCCCCGUGGUUUUGCCUUAUCGUCUGAAUUGCCUGCAGGACUUGGAAGAAAGCCAAAUAUUGGAGGAUAUUUUUUUUAUUUGCUGACUAGAAAAAGCGAAACAUGCAAAGUUUUACUUGCUUAAUGUCGACUGUGCUGUCUUAACUUGAUUUUUUUUUUUUCAAUUUGAGAUCGGCGUGCUUUUGAGGGAAAUCAUGUUAUGUGCUUUGUAUUUUCAAUUCAAAUAAACCGUCAUUUUUCGGGUA